UCGUCCCUCGCUACAGGAAAAUGUGCAACAGCCAGCAAAAAUGCCACAUUGAGGUUUUGGAGGACAAGUCCUGCCCUGCCCCCUCCAAAUAUCUGCAGAUGGUCUAUAGCUGUGAACAGAAAGUGUGUCUCGACAGUCUGGGCAUCUCCGACGGCAGCGUCGCAGACUCUUCCUUCAAAGCCUCCUCCUCAAUGGAAGACGCCACCCCAGAUAAAGCCCGCCUCAACGGGGAGUCCUGCUGGAAGCCGUCAAGAAAUGCCCUCGGCAGCUGGAUCCUGGUGAACCUCGGCUACACGAGAAAGGUGACUGCGAUCGUGACCCAGGGCUGUAAUAGCACCGAUACUCGCUCCUGGGACAUCCCACUUGAGAUGAGACUGAGCGUUAAUAGGAAGAAGUGGACCAAACACCCGGACGGGAAGUUCAUCGGCGGUGGGACUCAUCUGCUUGAGACGCCCGCGUUCGCUCAGUACGUCCUCAUCCUGCCGCUGGAGAAUCGUCCAGAAUUUGGCCUCCGCUUCGACAUCUUGGGAUGCCCACAUGAGGAUAAGACCACCUGUGCCAGAAAGUUCAACAGCCUCCGCAUCACCGAUUGGAUGACGUGUGUCGUGGUUUCGGUGCCGAACUGGUGUCCAUCCGCAGCGAGAUGGAGCAGGCGUCAGUGAAAAAUGUCUCCCACCUUGAAACCAGCGACAUGUGGACCGGACUGAACGACCUGGCGCUUCCCGGCACGUUGGUGUGGUCGGACCGCCACGAAGUGACCUUCACCCACUGGGCCGCGGGAG